AUGAGCUCCCCUCUCCCCAAAAGCGACUCCACCACCUCCCUGCUCAGGUCCUCGGGGCGCAAGUCCGCGCACAUGGAUCACGGUCCGCAUCGGGGUUCCCGCGCCCAUCAUCAUCAUCAUCAUCAUCGUCGUCCCUCUGAGGAUGCAGCCUGGACAGAGGAAUGUGAGACCAGCGCUCGGAGACCCCUAUGCCAGCCAAGACACGCCGAGUCCCGACAUGUAGCUGAGAACCGGGUGCAGAGGAGCCGCUCCCACCGGCAGCCGAGCCACCUGGAUCAGGAGGAGGAGGAAGAGGAGGAGGAGGAGAGGCACAGGGUGAUCACGCUUCACUCAGAGCGCAGCAAGUCCUCCAAAUCCAAACAUCAUCAUCAGGAGCAUCCCUCCGCAGCGCUCCUCCAGGGGCAAAGCAGGAGGACACCCCCGACCCUAUCUUACCCUAAACACCCGGACGAGGCGGAUUUCUUCUUUGAACCCAGUCAGAGAGACUUCACCGGGUCCUCGUCCAGCCUCAGCUCCGACCCACCUGUCAGAGCCGCAUCCGGCCGCAGAUCCAAACGGCUGAGCACAACAUCCGAGUAUGACUCCAGCCUGCAUCCCAUGGUCAAGUCAGUGUUUGGGCAGGACCGAGAGCUGAGGCCAGAAGAAAUGGAUGAGCUACGUGAGGCAUUUAAGGAGUUCGACAAAGAUAAAGAUGGAUUUAUUGGCUGUAAAGACCUGGGGAACUGCAUGAGGACAAUGGGCUACAUGCCAACAGAGAUGGAGCUGAUCGAGCUGAGCCAACAGAUCAACAUGAAUUUGGGAGGACAUGUUGACUUUGAAGAUUUUGUUGAACUUAUGGGGCCUAAACUUCUGGCAGAAACAGCAGACAUGAUAGGAGUGAAGGAACUCAGAGAUGCUUUCAAGGAGUUUGACACAAACGGUGAUGGCCAGAUCAGCACAGCUGAGCUCAGGGAAGCGAUGAAAAAACUACUAGGACAGCAGGUUGGACAUAGAGAUCUGGAGGAAAUUCUUCGAGACAUCGACCUCAACGGAGAUGGGCAUGUAGACUUUGAAGAAUUUGUGCGGAUGAUGUCUCGAUGAGCUCCCGCUGAGAGGUCAGACAUGCCUUCUUGGAAAACAAAAAAACCCAGCCGAGGACAAACGACGGAUCUUCUUGAAGUGUGCAUAAACGAGACGGAGAAAACAUAUCAACCUUGAGCUGAAACUGCCUCGCUGAAGCACAGCUGACGACAACUGCCUGGAGCAUCACUGUUAGCAACAAGCUGCUGCUGCUCCUCUGAGCAGAAACUAAACCAACGGCUGCACUCGUGACUUUUGACAAGAGCAUUUUAAAACCAUAUUUUUGAUUAAUAAGUAGAGCGUUUCUACGUGUUUGCUCUGUGAUUAACAGGUGAUAUUCUGUUUGAGCUUAAUGUGCUCAACUCUUGUUGUUAACUGUAGC